GGCGUCUUAUUGAGAGGUUGGCGGAGAGAAACACUAAAGUGAGCGUCGUGGGAGGGCGGGCCACCUGUGACGGCAAAUGAGUGGAGGAGCAGCGAGUCGACAGUCGGAGCUGCGUGUCUCUCAGUGGGUGUUUUUAUGUUUCAGAGAGUGGACGCCAGGCGUUUAAAGUCCAGCUGGAUUAUCCGAAGCUUUGGGAAACGUGUAUAUCAAUUUUUUUCGACGAAUUUCUGCACGAAUUCAGGUGUCUUCAGUCUUCUCUACAGCACAGUGAAAGAGGCUGCCAGUGUUUGUCUCAGUGCGUGGGUGUGUGUGCGUGCAGAGGUGUGUGUGAGUCAUAGGGUGAAUAUGUUUGUGUGAAUGCCUUUGUAUACAUAUACACUGUGGUCGGACAGCGUUUGUCCCGUGACGCGCUCAGUGGAGAUGCGUGGAGCUCGAUCCUCCGUGCUGCAGCUUCUGCUGCUCAGCUGCUGGUGUGGGACGGUGGCUGGUUACCCGUUUAGGACGCCGCUGGACCUGGAUGUGACGCCACGUGUCACUGUGUUGAGCAGCGGUCUCCAGGGUUGCAGGCGUUUCCACUCCUCUGCAGUCAACUACAGCACCAUGUUGCUGGAGGCUGACAGUGAGCGUCUCUACGUCGGGGCCCGAGGGUCUGUGUUCGCCCUCAAUGCCUCUGACAUCUCAGCCAGCUCUGCUCUCUCUAUUGAGUGGGAGGCCUCCCCAAAGCAGAAACGUCUCUGCCUGCUCAAGGGAAAAGACAAUAAGACGGAGUGUUUUAAUCACAUCCGCCUCCUCCAAAGGUUCAACUCAACUCAUCUCUACAUGUGUGGGACUCAUGCCUUCAGUCCCCUCUGUGCAUUCAUAGAUGAGGAGAGGUUUGUUAUUUCAUCUCAGCCUGAAGAGGGCAAAGACAAAUGUCCCUAUGGCCCAUCGACAGGUUACACUGCCCUCAUUAUAGACCAGCAGAUAUAUACGGCUUCCCAGUAUGAGUUUAGGAGCUUUCCAGAUAUCCGCCGCAACUCUCCAUCUCCCACACUAAAGACAGAAGAUGCUCCCACGCGCUGGCUGAACGAGGCAGACUUCGUGGGUUCAGCACUUGUGAAGGAGAGUUUGGGCAGCAGCACUGGCGAUGACGAUAAGAUCUACUUCUUCUUCACCGAGACGAGCCAAGAACAGACAACAACCUACAGCCGCAGCAGGGUGGCUCGAGUAGCUCGGGUUUGUAAGGGCGACCGAGGAGGCCAUUUAACCCUCCAGAAACGCUGGACAUCGUUCCUCAAGACCAGGUUGACUUGUUCCCUGCCCGAGUACGACUUCCACUUCAACAUGCUGCGCAGCGUGUUUGUUAUGCCUGGACGCACGCCGCAGGACACGCUCUUCUACGGCAUCUUCGGCCUGGAGUGGAAAAACGUGAAGGCAUCUGCAGUGUGUCGGUUCUCUCUGCCUGAAGUCCAAGAGGCCUUUCAAGGACCCUACAUGGAGAACCAGGACUCUGGCUCUAAGUGGAAGGAAUACACUGGAAAGAUCCCUGAACCUCGACCUGGAACGUGUAUCACUGAUGCGCUGAGGGCCAGGGGCGUCAACGUCUCCACCUCCCUGCCUGAUGAUGUACUGGAUUUUGUGAGGAGGCAUCCUCUGAUGUCCCAGCAGGUGCAACCUUCAGACAGACGCCCCCUUUUGUUCAGGAGGACCACAGACUACACACAGAUGGCUGUACACAUGAUGCAAGGAUUAGAUGGACAAACCUACCAUGUGUUAUACAUGGGCACAGAUGACGGCUGGUUACACAAAGCCGUGGAAAUCAAAGGUCAGCUGCACAUUAUAGAGGAGCUUCAACUGUUUGAAGAAGCACAGCCUGUUAGCCAUCUGCUGAUAUCUGAAAAACAGAUGAGUGUGUACAUGGGCUCUCCAUCCGGUGUGGUUCAGCUGCCCCUCUCUAACUGUCGCAGAUAUACUUCCUGCUAUGACUGCAUCUUUGCCAGGGACCCUCACUGUGCCUGGAACGGAGCAGAGUGCGUGGACGUAAUGAAACGUGCAGACAGAUCCACUUUAAUCCAGGACGUCCAGCAUGGCAGCAUAGGAUGUGAGAACACACAAGAUGAUGUUGUCCAGCGGAGCCGCUCGGUGCGUGUUGGUGAUGACGUUUUGCUGCAGUGCGAGCUCAGCUCUAAUCUGGCAACGCCGCUCUGGACUCUGGACGGCGAUGAGGUGCAGGGAUACGACCUCAACUCCGGCUUCAGAACGGGCACCGACGGCCUGCUGAUCAUCGAGGCCCGGCAGGACCAGAGCGGUCUGUACACCUGCCACGCCGUCGAGAACAGCAUCGAGGUGGCCAUAGUCACCUACAAUGUCACCAUCCGCCUGGACCUGCCCCCUCCCCCACCUGUUGAGCCAACUCGCGAUGCUUACACAAUGUUCGCCACCCUACCAGGACCCACUGAGCUUUCCUCCUCCAAGAGGCCCUUUGUGGCACCUCUCCUCACCCACACAGAGCUACUCUCCUCCAGGAACAUGGAGGCCUUGUACCUGUCCCUCAUCACCAUCCUCGGAGGCCUGUGUGUGGUCCUCACUGUCGUUCUCAUCUACGUGGGCUUCUGUUUGCGAGUCGGCAACAGAGGAAAGUACUCAUUGCGUGCGGCGGCUGCAGCCUACCCAAACACUAAGAGUCACAGCAAGAACAGAAAACAGCACAGAAGCUCCUCCCAUAUGGAGCUGAAGACAAUAUCAAGUCACUGUAAUGGCAACGGCAUUUGUAACGGAGGUUCAAAGCUGCAUAACGGCAACAUCCAGGAUGGAGGCUUCCUGCAGAUCGUCCCCGGUGAGGGUCACUCUUCACCCAACAAGGAGCCUCCUCCCCCAGCCCCGCCUCUUCCUCCCACAUCGCAGCUUUCCUCUCCGGGAUGCGACUUCCCCAACGGGCUGUCGGCGACGCUGCCCAGCGUCCUGAGGAGGAUGAACGGGAACAGUUAUGUACUGCUGAGGCAGAGUGACUCUGAAAACACGUCACCGCUCUGCCACUCCUUCGCCGAGGAGCUCAACAAGAUCUUAGAGAAGAGGAAACGCACUCAGCUGCUGCCCAGGCCGGACGAGAGCUCCGUGUAGAGAGGUGUAGCUCCCCCAUGUAGUGGGUGGACUGCUGUGUUCUUACUUGGUGCCUGUCACAUGACUCACUAUUGUUGUGGACUAAAGCAACAAAAGAGUCUUAUCUUCAUUAUUUACUUUAGAUUUUUUUUUGUCCACAUUGAGACAUUCCUGCUUUUUUAACCAUUGAUCCUGAAUUUCCAAACUAUUUCCCAACACAUAACAAAUGAGAAAUCCCAGUGAAGGGCCAAGCACAAACCAGGAUAAAGUGUAAUCUACCUCACCUCGAUACUGCCCACACGAACAUGUGCAGCCAGACUGUGGUCUGAUCUGAGCAUCAGGGCUGAAAUCUCAGCCCCCAAAAGAUCUCUGAUCCCCAAAGAACAAAGCAAGAUAGACAGACUCCAACAAGGAGAGGAGCUGCACAGGAAUAUAAAUACAUGUGAAGAGUAUUCAGACUGGGGUGCAGCUAGCCAAAGCUUGUUUGCACCGACAAGUGCACAGAUGGCCUAUGCAUUUUUAAAACAUGACAUUCACUCAGUAUGAAUAGGGACGGGGUGGGCAAGGGAAUGUGGUUUGUUUUCACUUUUUAAAUGGACUUAACCAACAGAAAAGAAGUAACUCAUGACUGCACAUAACACUUUACACCAGCCAUAAAUGAGAAAUGGUGAACUAAUCAUUAUUUAAUACUACUAUUAAUCUUAUUAAAUCAAUGAUAUAUUUCUUAAUUUAUUACAUUGCUUUAUAUUAAUCAUAAUUUACCUUGUUUAAUUAUUAAUGAUCAUAUUAAAUUCAUAUAAUCAUAUAUAAUAUAUAUGGUGCCAAAAUGGUUAAAAAAAAAACGUUUGCUGGUAAGCAUUUAGUAUGUAGGUUAAAAUAUUUGCAAGCAGAAAUGAGAAUUGCUGUAUUGUUAUUAGAGCCCUAAUUAAAGUCGUGGCUGAGGCUCUCAAUUCUUCAUAAAUUGUUAAAUAUUGCCUGAUGUGUGGGCCUUCAUAAUAAUCUUCAGCUCAUGUCUACUAAUUCCUACAGGUGGGUAACACCAAAGCAUAAAUUAACAUUAUAAGGAUCUAUUAUGUAUAAAAUUCACAAUAUAUUAAAAAAUACAAAAAGGUAAUACGUUAAUGAAACCUUUAAAUAAUUGAAAGAGUAUUAAAUAGUGAUUAUUUCACCGAGUAUUGAUAGAUAACUUGCGUCAGUAUUGAUUUUAAUGCACUUUAAAUAUCAGUUUUAAAGCGCGUUGGAAACGUUGAUGGACUCUAUAGUGCCAGAAGAAGUUUCUGCCCUUUUCUCAGUUUGAGGAGCUGCAACUGUGGAGGCUGCAGCUGUGUCUGCUGGACCUUGUUUACCGCAAUGGAUCAGAAGAGAAAACACUGACUGUGUCUCAGCUGAGCCUGAAUCCACCACUGAGUGACGCCCUGCAUGGGAUCAUAACACAGAAUGACAGCCUGCGGGGCCAAGCGAGCGCCAGGAGCAUCCAAGGUCUGAUGAGCACAGGUCAGUUUGAAUCUGUCUUAAUUUCAUUCCCGGGGACACCAUCGUCUCUCCCGACUGGUGUCAGAUGGCAAGACUGGCUGCGAAGAUGUUUUUUUAAUGAGCAGUGAAAUAAAAUCCAGGAUCAUUAGUGGACAGCGAAGCCAGAAGCGAGGCUGGAGAAGGGCUACGGCAUGAGAGUCUCUGCACCACCAGCUCUGCUUCCCCACAACUGGAAUGAAAAUUGUCGGCUGCACCGUCUUUCUGAGCAGCGUUUGUUCUUCAGACAGUAGCUCUUUGUGUGCAGAGAGCAUCCUUGCCUCCGUCCGAUGCAAACUUAUUAGACCAAACUCAACGUAUAAUGAUGUUUUUUUUUUCUUUUUCUGCAUGUAUUGUUUCUCUUUAAGUCAAGGAAUAGAUAGGGAUCUUGACCAUGAAAGUGCCAAGGUUGAUGUUUAAACGAUGCUAUGUGAGCCUAUUUUACUGUAAAACUAGAAGGGAUGGAUUUUUUUAAAAAGAGGCAUAUUUAUUUGUAAUUUUGUACAUUGUACAUUUUGGAAAUUGUUGUCAAUGUUGCUGUUAAAAUGCCACUUGUUGGAUACUCCCCCCUGACGCAUAGGAGGGUCACAAUUUGUCUGUGUUGCACAAAAUGUGAUAAAUAGAAGCACGGUAGCCGAAAGCAUGCAGAGGCUGCACCAGCACCACAGAAAUGAAUAUCUAUAACCUACUAAUGGAAGGAAAAGUACACCAAAUUACAGAUAACCCUCACCUUAUUCUUAUUGUCCACAUGAUAGUUUUGAUCUCCGUUUGCAUGUUACAUCAUAGUAGUGCACACAGAUAAUCAGUUUCUUUUAUUAACAGACUAAUAAAGCAGUGGGUUCCUUCACAUUUCAGUCCAGAUUAAUUCUAAUAAAACUUUUUACUCCAA